AUGAAGAAAAGAGAAAGUAUUUCUGAACCUCCUCUAGAUAAAUUGGAACAAAUAAGAUAGAAGUUUUCAAAAUAAUUAAUCAAAGUAAAAUCCAAAGGUUUUGUGACAUGUAGCAUUGGAAAAUCAAUAUAAAAUGAUGCUGGAUCAAGAAUUUCAUAUGGGAAAAGUUCCUUCCUGGAAAAACUCUAAUCAAUCAAUUCAUUUGAAGACGAUGAGAAAACUCUACUAAAAUCUAUUUAAUUUGAUGUUCAAUUGGCAAUUAAAAGAUAUUAAUAAAGAAUUGAGUAAAUCGGACAGUUGCAAGUCGAAAGAAGUUCAUUGCGAUCCUGCUAAUAAGAUAUUAUGCAAUACUUUACAACUCCUUAAUAGGAAAAAACUGAUGCCCAUUUGGAUUCUUUAUUGUCCUCUAAGAGAUCUACUUGCAAAAGUACUUAAUAGAAUACAAUUAUUAAUCCUAAUUCAAAUAAAUUGAUGCCAUUUAAUAAAAAUGUUUUUGGAAAUAAGAAUUCAAACAAGACCUUCAAAAUCAUAUCUGAGAAAUAGAAUAAAGUAAAGUAGAAUAAAAAAUCAAGCAAUUAAUCUCUUACCGAAAUAAGCAUGCAUAAAAAGAAGCAAUCUAAAGAUGGAACUCUUAGUUAAAAAUCUGUUUCAACUCGCUAGCCAAGUGUAAAGGAAAUAGCAAUUAAUUUAGAAUAAAGAAGAUCUACUGGAAUGAUAUUACGAAAUCAAUCAAGAUAAUCAAGAAAUUCUAUUAAUUCCUUUGAUAACAAGUAACCUGCUAAAAAACUUUAGGUAUUUUGA